AUGGCGUUCGGCACAAUCGCUGGCGUUACCGCCAUUCUGAUGGCGGCGGCCAUGGUCUCAGCUGCCGAUUACCCCAAGGCAGAAACCGUGUGGUGCGCCGUAGCUUCCCGAUGCUCCGACGCUUACGUCAAAUGCCCCGCCGAAUGCGCUUCCACCACCACCCCAAACGCCAACGGCAAGCCGAACUGCGACGCACCAGGAUCGGCCUGCUACGACCCGCGCUUCGUGGGCGGGGACGGCAGGGUGUUCUACUUCCACGGAAAGAGCGGGGAGGUCUUCAGCCUGGUCUCCGACCCCAGCUUCCAGAUCAACGGCCGGUUCAUCGGCCACAGGCCCGUGGGCCGGCCCCGCGACUUCACAUGGAUCCAGUCCUUGGGCCUACUCUCCAAAACCCACAGGUUCACCCUGGAGGCCACCCGGGCCGCGGUCUGGGACGGUGAGGCGGACCACUUGAAAUUCACCUACAACGGACAAGACCUCUCGAUCAGCGAAGGCUCCCUCUCCGCCUGGCAGUCCCCCGACGGGGACGUCAGAGUGGAGCGCGUCUCGACCAGGAACAGCGUCAUCGUGACGAUCAGGGACAAGGCGGAGAUCCUGGUGAGCGUCGUCCCGGUGACCAAGGAAGACGACAGGAUCCACAAGUACCGAGUCCCCGAAAACGACUGCUUCGCGCAUCUCGAGGUCCAGUUCCGGUUCUUCGAGUUGUCGCCACGUGUCGAGGGAGUGCUGGGCAGGACGUACCAGCCGGACUUCGAGAACAACGUCGCGAGGCCCGGCGUGGCGAUGCCGGUGAUGGGAGGUGAAGACAAGUACAGAACCUCGGGCCUUGUCUCUGCGGAAUGUGGUGCUUGCAUCUUCUCCGAGGCAGAGGAUUUGAAGCAGGGGAAUGGCGCCGUCGAUUUCCCUACCCUUGAUUGCACCAGGGGAGCUGCAGCUGGGUAUGGAAUUGUCUGCAGGAAGUAA